AUGAGGAUGCAACUUCGCUUUUUAUGCAUCAUCCUAGGCGCCGUGAGCGCCCAGUGUUUGUCUCCAUUCUCCACCCAACAGGAUGGCCAGCUGCAGGACUUGAGCCAUGACGUACAUGGGGGAUAUGAUUACCCGCAGCCGAAGGUGCCCUUUACGGAUGGUUAUUCCUAUCCACGCCCAUCGGUGCCCUUCCCGCCGCAGCCCCAACCGCCGAGCAGAGGCUAUGAUUAUCCCAAGCCGACAAUUGCCUUCCCGCCAGUCACCAGCCCUCCACCACAGAAGAUACAGAGUGGCUAUUCCUAUCCACGCCCAUCGGUGCCGUUCCCGCCUCCAGAGCAACCGAAGUAUACUCCGCCACCGCAGCAGAUUAUUCCAGAGCAACCGAAAUAUGUGCCGCCAGUGCAACCCAGCAAAGGCUACGAUUAUCCCAAGCCAUCAAUUCCCUUCCCACCACCACCUCCAGUGAUACCGAAGAGUCCACCUCAACCACAGUAUUUGCCACCUGCUAAGCCAACAAAUCCUCCUCAAGCACAGUACUUGCCGCCUGUGAAGCCGACCAGCCCACCACAGCCUAAAUACUUACCUCCCGCCAAGCCAAGUGGAGGAUAUGAAUACCCGAAGCCGGCAAUUCCAUUCCCACCACCCGUUCAACCCACAAGCCCACCUCAGCCCAAGUACUUGCCGCCCGUGAAGCCGACCAACCCGCCGCAGCCCAAAUAUCUGCCCCCAGUGCAGCCCAGCAAAGGUUAUGAUUACCCUAAGCCAGCGAUACCCUUCCCACCACCUGUUAUAGUCAAGACUACACCACAGCCUCAGUACUUGCCUCCCGUUAGGCCAACAAGUCCACCUCAACCUCAAUAUUUGCCACCUGCCAAGCCAAAAUCAGGCUAUGAUUACCCGAAACCGGCAAUACCUUUCCCACCGCCGACCCCGGUAAGACCGACAAGUCCACCACAACCCAAAUACUUACCUCCUGUGAAGCCGACCAGCCCACCUCAGCCCAAAUAUCUGCCUCCUGUGCAGCCAAAAUCAGGCUAUGAUUACCCAAAGCCAUCAAUUCCAUUCCCACCACCAGUUAUUCCGAAGAGCCCCCCAAAACCACAAUACUUGGCUCCGGUUAAGCCCACAAGCCCACCUCAACCUCAAUACUUGCCUCCUGUUAAGCCAAAAUCGGGAUAUGACUAUCCAAAACCGGCAAUUCCAUUCCCACCUCCGGCUCCUAUACCCACUAAUCCACCUCAACCCAAAUACUUACCUCCUGUGAAACCCACCAGCCCACCUCAACCCAAAUAUUUACCUCCCGUGCAACCCACCAGCCCACCUCAACCCAAAUACUUACCUCCUGUGAAACCCACCAACCCUCCACAGCCGAAAUACUUACCUCCCGUCAAGCCAAGUGCUGGAUAUGAUUAUCCAAAGCCCGCAAUUCCAUUUCCACCACCCGUUAUACCCAAGACCACACCCCCACCACAAUACUUACCACCCGUGGUGGUGACCAGCCCACCUCAGCCCAAGCAUCAGGGUUACGACUAUCCGAAGCCGGCAAUUCCAUUCCCGGCACCCACACCGGCCCAGUAUCUGCCAGCUCCGGCACCCAAGAGCGAGGGAUACUCCUAUCCAAAACCGGCGAUCGCCUUCAAUUUUUAGGUUUCCGCUUCCCGUCCUGCCCAGCACUAAUUAAUUGACGCGAUUGCCUCUCCGUGCCCAUAGGAACUUGCGAUAUUGAAUAAUUGUAAUUAACUAUAAUAAUAUUAUUUAAUAUUUAAUAUUAAUGAUGUACCUGAGUCCGCGCCAGCGGGCUCU